AUGGCUCCCGCUCCAGCGGCCAUGGAUGUUGACCACGAGGGUGCUGGCGGUGGAGCCAGGAACCAGAGCACCAUGGUGGUGGUGAAAUCUGAGGCUGUCCGCACGACCACUGACCCUCCGGUGGUCGAUCCUGAACCUGUGGAAGACGUGGGAGGUGAUACCACCGAAUGCUCGAGCUCGUUUGGUGACACCUGCUCUGGAGUUCAAGAUGCACCAGGCGAUGGUGAACCAGAAGUGAAUUCUGGCAUGUCUGCUCAUGCCAAUGGUAGCAGGCCCUGGAAGCCGCCUAGGAAAAAGGUGACGGCUGAGUGGAGGAAUUAUGUUCGUCCAAUUCUGUGGAGAUGCGAGUGGUUAGAGUUGCGUAUGAGGGAUCUCUCAUCUCAAGUAUCAAAGUAUGACAGGGAGCUUGCUCUAAACAAGAAACAAAAAGAAUUACAAGCAGCAAGCAAACCAAAUGGUUCUAUGUCAGAAUCUAUGCAGAUUCACAAAGGUCAUGGAAACAGUAUCAUGAAGAGGACAAAGCGGAAGAGGCAUGAAGAAAAUUUGGAUACUCCUUUGUACAUCAACAAGCACCAAAUAUUGUCAUACUACCAUGAUAAACAAAAUAAGGGAGCUGAAACUGAUGGUCUCUUAAUUGAUGACGAUUGUGGUAGUACAGUUCCUAUCCGAGGCGGACCUGACAGUGUUACAUUGCUUGAUUCCGAGGAUUAUGAUGUGAUUUUUGAGCAACUCUCUUUAAAGGAUAUUCUCUUGACGAUUGAUGGGGUUCAGUCUCGAGUUCAUCUGCUUCGAGGUCGUCUCAGCAAGGCUCAUUAUGAAGGAAGAAAUUUGGCAUUUUCUGAGGGCAAUACUCAUGUCAGGGUGGCUCCGAAGAGACAGCAUACUCAAAAGCGCUCAUCUUAUACAGAAUGUAGAUAUACUAAACCACAGAAAAAGAAGAAUCUAAAUGUUUUGCUCAAGGAUGAUAGUGGACCAGCUCUUUCAGGGAGACCUUUGCCUGACAGGGAAACCGAUACUCCUAUAAAAGAUGCAGAUAGGAUUGCUGAAGAAAGAAGUGGAGAGGGCAAACACUUGAGGGAGAAAGCCAUAACAAUGGACCUUCUCUUGGGUAUUGGCAAUUACAUACCAAAUGGUUAUAUAGAGGAUUUAUGCAAAGAAAACGCUGACGAUAUCCUCAUAGACAAUCAAGCAACCAGUGAUGUCUGUCAGCAGUUUGACAAGGCCAAGCAUCUGCCUUCUGGAACUUCUUCCAAAGAACAGAACGUUUCUGCUCCAGUGGAAGUGAAGAACACUUGUGCUCCAGUAAAAGUUGAUAGCACUUGUGCUCCAGUGGAAGUAGAUACCACUUGUGCCCUAGCAGCGGGGCAAGAAUCAUCUGUUGAAAAGUCACCCUCAAAGGAGCCUGGCUCUUCUGGGAGCAAACAGGAACCGAACUCUAAGAAAAAGAGGAGGAAGAAAGGCUCUUUGUUUACCAGGAAGAAGCAGAGGAAAGAGGCGUCCAAAACAGUUGCUGCAAAGGAGAAAACUGAGGGCAGGCUGUCAGCUGCAAAUACCGGACUGAGAGCACGCCCUCUGCUGUAG